AGCGAAAGUGUUGAUCUGGUCGUCCGUGUGUUACCGCUAGGUCCGACCGAAUGCAUCUAGUGUGACACACUAGAAGACCGGGUGUGGGUCGUCUUUACGUGUGGCCUUCAUCUACCUAGUGUGGCAACGGGAGAGGUGCAGUACAGGGUGGCUACGGACACACGAUGGAACGACUGAUCAAUUUAUUCUUCUAGUUCUAGAAGCAGGAUUUGUUGAGCUCCUCCAUGUUGCAUUCGUCGAAGUUAUUCCGUGAUCAAUUGAUUGUUCUAGAAAGGAAAGAGAAGGAUUUAAUGGGAUGAUUAUCUGCCUCUUCUGGUGUCUCUUUUCAUGGAGUCAGAAGACCGACGCUUCUGCAAGAUUUCAUAAAGUAGAUGUUGAUGUUGUGUUCUCGUAAUGGAAAGUUUCGAACUGUUUUUUGUUUCCUCUCUUGUCUUCUUGGUAUGAAGUUCUCGCGUUUACUCCGUUGACUCUAGCGCACCACAGCUGGCUAUUUUUUGUUACUUCUUCGUUUGACGUUAGUAGAUUCCUGAUUCGUAAUUAUCGUAAAAAGAGCAGAUGGUACAUCUAAACUCGGGAUCAUUGGCGUUGAGCCUUUUUUAGUUAGCUAUGUAUUCAAUCGUUGUGGCGUUGGAGGUACGGUUCCUAGUUGGGAAAUAAGGGAAAGAAUAUCAAUCCAGGCGCAAAGAUAGAAAAUUUAUAUUACACAAGAACUUGAGGACUGUUUGAGUACCUUCGUUCACUUCAUCGCCAUGCAGAGCUCACCGUCGUGCCUUAUCUCACAUUUAGUAAAAGAGGACGACACAGAAACGCCUUCAUUUGAUCAUGAAGCAGUCAUGUUGCCCGUGGCCAUGGUAGACGUGCUGAAGACGAAGACGGAGGAGCAAUAUAUCAAGGCACCAUAG